AUAUCUUUUUCCAUCUCUCCUUCGCUAAACUCUCUUCCCUUCUCUCUCUCUCUCUCUUAUUCCUACAGUCUGAAGCGGCCAUGGAAGCAAACCAAACCUCCAUGAAAUGGAAGCGGCCUUCACCUGUAAUGCGGAUCAGCAACGGCGUCAAAUCUCAGAUCCAGCUCCACACCCACCGAUCCGAUCAGGCCAGAAAUUGUGACGGCGAUUCUAAGCUUCCGAGCUCCGAAUCACUCCGGAAAAGACCCAGAUCAUUAGAUCAGAUCAUGGAAGGAUCUUUAACCGGCACCUUGCUCCGGAGCACCCUGAUCAAAGAUCUCCGCGUCAAACGGGUAUUUUCCCCAACCUCUGACCCGCCUGAGAACGUGAACGACCACCAAAAAUUAGGGAUUGGAUUCGGUUCGCAUGAACCAGAAAAUGGUCCCAAGGCGGCGAAGAACGAUGGGUUGGAGAGUUCUGGAAAUGGGAUUUCUCGCUCUGGUCCAAAUGUGGCUGAUUCGGAGAGCAUAGGGACUGAGAAUUCAGAAAUGGGGUUUGUGUUGGAUGAUGCCAGUCUUAAAUCCCCGGCCAGUAAAGGGAUCGGUGGCUCCGCUCAGCAAUGUGCCCAGAAAUCAUCACCCGAUGCGAAGGCAAAUAGUUUUCGUGUCAAUGUCGAUUAUCAAACCAAAUCGGUCCUUAAGCCUCGACAGAGAGUGUUUAAAGCUCCCGGCUCAUUCAGUUAUAGACGAUUGCUUCCGUAUUUAAACGAUAUGGCGAAAGACAAUUCUUGUAUGCUUGAGUUUCGUCAACAGCCAAAUCUUAAUAAAGGUUUGGAAGGAAAACCGUUCCAGGGUAAGCGGGCUUCUGAAAAUCAAGCAGGUUUCUUGCAUCAAUUUAAUGAGCAGAAACUUUCCAGGGAGUGUCCUACCAAUGGUUCUUCUGCUCAGCUGGAAACUGUACAAGUUUCUUCAAAUGACACAUCUAAUGAUAGUGUUGCUUCGGAAUCACCAUCUAUGACUGUGGUUGAUGAGUGUCGGUCAAAGCCACCUGUUGAUGAACAGGUUGAAAUUUGUGAUUUGGGAUUUUCUUGCAAAGUUCAGAAGUUAAAUUCUCCGAGCCCCUUUUCCUCAUCAGCUGUGGAGGACUCUCUAGUUAAUAAGGAUCAUGUUAUUGACGUGUAUGCUGAUGGUGAUACACCAGUAGAGAAUGCGGGGACUGCCGAUAAAGCUGUUAAUGGGUUUCCGGGCGAAGCUCAAAAUGUGAAAGAUAAAAAUCCCAACUCACAUUCGAUUGUGGAGGAGUGCUAUUCAUGCAAGGAUAGUGAAGUUGGUCAGAACAUAAACCUACUUCAGAAUGAUGGGAUGAGAAAAAAUGACAUGGGCUAUCUUUGUAAAGACCAAAAUCCAAAUCACUUAAAUGAGCAGAGAGUUGGUAAUGCCGGUGACAUUUUGAAUCAGAUAGAUGAUUCAAACGAAGACGAUUGCCAGAUGACACCACCAGAUGCUGAGAUCUUAGGGAAACUUAAGGGGGAAGUAAAAAGAGUUAGUGAAGAAGGAUAUGUUCUUCAGAGUACAAAUGAAGGUUCGGAGAUGCCAUCCACUGCAUUCAAUCAUAGAGAUGUUCCAUCUGUUGAUAUUAAGAGACAUGAAUCUACUCCCAAGAGAAAUCUGGUUUUAAAUCCAUGUUCACGACUCAAGUUGUUUAGGAGUCCGGGAUCAAUUAGCUACAGAAGAUUGCUUCCAUUUCUUAUGGACAUGGAGAAGACUAACUCUGCUGCCAAUACUGAUAAGGAUUUGAAACAAAAGCAACUGUCACCAGUGACUCCUAAUCAGCAAGAAACACCAAUGGAUAAAUCAGAGGGCUUGAAAUUUCAAUCAAAGCAUCAAAUUUGUGAUCCCGGUACUCUACCGACACCACAACUAGUGACAGCUAAUGGCUCAUCUAACGAUGGUGGACAGAAUUUAACUUCUCCAGAGCACGUCCCUGAAUCUCAAAUGCCAAUUGAUUUACAAGAGGAACAUUAUGCUGAGCAGGCUGUAUCAGGUAAACAAAGUAAACUGGAAACACGCCCUGAGAUAAUGAGUUCGGAACAAGAAACAGAUGCACCAGUCACUUUAUUAUGCCCCAGUACUUCCUUAAAAGACGGUGCAAUAUCAGUCAGUGAUUCAUUAUCUGAUAAACCUGAAGAGGAAGGCAUAAGUUCAAGAGCAACAUUAUCUAAUGGUGGGAAGCCACUUCAAGCUAAUAGCUUUUCUCAGAACUCAUCCGAAAUUGCUGCCACAGUUUCUUCAGGUAUUCAUGAAGUUGGUCCCAGAAAAGGGAUCCUUAAAAGAAAUCCACGAGAUGCAGAGGACUCUGCUCGUGUUUGAAUUGUGCUUCGUUUAGACUCCAUGCAGAGAGAGCAUUUGAGUUCUCUAGAAAUCAGAUGCAAGAUGCUGAAGAAGUAGCCUUAGAUUUGAUGAAAGAACUAUCCAAUUUACGUAAGAUAUUAGAAUUAUCAGCUGCUAGUGCAACUAAUCCCAGCAUGAACUUAAACGAGGUUAAAGAAGCUUGCAGGAGAGCAUCUGAAGCGGAAGGCAUUGCAAGAAACCGCCUCGGUGAAAUGAAUUAUGAUCUCAACAUUCACUCCAGAGUCACAUGCUUGCAGGAACCAAGUGUCACAUUUGCAAAUUACGUUGAAGAAAAAGUCAUUCCGAAAGAAAAGUUUUCAAGCAGCUAGUGUCAGAUCACGAGAAAAAGAAUUGCUUUCUUUGUGGCUAGGAUAGAUUAGGUUGGAUUAUGGGAACCGUUCGUGUUUACAGGAGGAUUUGGUUGGAUUGAUAUCCAGGAUGUUUCUAACUACACAAUUUUGUGGAAACUGUAUCAAUCUUGUAUCUCGGGACAACGUUGUUAUAGAUUCAGAUUUCUGUAGAACUUCCAUUGUGUGAAUUUGAGUUAUUUGAAUGUUGAAAUACUUUGUGGGGAAUGAACCUCAUGCAGUGGUAGAAA